CCAGUCAGCUGGUUCUCGUGCAUCGAAGUUUCGAGUCCGCGAUCCGCUGCGUUCCAUUUAAGAGGCGAGAUUAAGUUUCUCGCCUCGCUCGGUCUCUUUUUUUUUUAAGUCAUUAUAAUUAUCUCGCUCUCACACCGAACGGGUCAACUGUGCAUCUGGCGCAACUUUACCACAAACCGUAAUCAAUCGGUGCUUGACAUAACGCGCGAACGACACGUGCGUUCAGUUGAGUCGGCGACCACGAAUCGAUCCGUCGCCGUGGAGCAUCGGGAUGAGUGGCGUCUAUUCCCCGCGCGUGGUUCAGGCUUGAGGUUGUUUCGUCUCUCUCUCGCUCGCUGUCGUGGAGGCGACAAUGACGGACGUGGUGGUGAAGCAAGAGGCUACCGACGCCGUGGACCUGGAGAGCAGAAUAAUUGAGCUGUGCCAGCAGUUCCCACAUGGCAUCACGGACCAGGUGAUCCAAAAUGACAUGCCACAACUGGAGCCCCAGCAGAGAGCCAUGGCCAUCAACCGUCUGCUCUCUACGGGCCGGCUGGACUUACUAAGAAGCAAUGCAGGUUUACUUUACAGACUUAAGGAUGCUCAAGCUGCCAGCAAAGUGAAAGGAGCCGAUAAUCAGGAAAAGCUCGUGUAUCAAAUAAUAGAAGAUGCUGGGAAUAAAGGGAUUUGGAGCAGAGAUAUAAGGUAUAAGAGCAACCUGCCCUUGACCGAGAUUAACAAAAUCCUAAAAAGUCUCGAAAGCAAGAAGCUCAUCAAAGCAGUCAAAUCUGUUGCGGCUUCCAAGAAAAAGGUGUACAUGCUGUACAACAUUGAGCCGGAUCGAUCUGUAACUGGUGGUGCCUGGUACAGUGAUCAAGAUUUUGAAGCGGAGUUUGUGGAAAUCCUCAACCAGCAGUGCUGCAAGUUUUUGCAGCAAAAGGCUGAAGCAGCCCAGGAGAGCAAGCAGGGGCCAUUGCUGCAAAGGAACAGUUCUUACGCUUCUUCCCAUGAAGUGUGGAAAUACAUCUGUGAGCUCGGCAUUAGCAAGGUGGAACUUUCAAUGGAGGAUGUGGAGACAAUUCUGAACACGCUUAUUUACGAUGGGAAGGUAGAAAGGACGAUUUUGUCUGCGAAGGAGGGCACUGUAGGAUGUGUCGAUGGGUACAUAAAACUUUUCCGUGCCAUCAACCCACUGGUGCCUCCCACAGGGCUUGUCCGGACACCGUGUGGUGUCUGCCCCAUAUUUCAUGAAUGUCACGAAGGCGGAGACAUCUCUCCAGAAACAUGCGUCUACAUGACAGAAUGGAUGGCAUUCUGAUAUAUUUUUUAAAUGUCUCCAUUUUGCUUUGAAAUUAGUCUAUAAAUGCGAUCUUUAUUGCAAAAUGUAAUUUAUUUGAAUGUUAACAAAAUCCAUGAUUUAAAUUUGUGCAAACCAUGUGAUACAUUUUUUAUUUUUAAGAAAAGUAAAAUAUCAGGUCAAGUUCAGAUACUACUUUCGUGUCACAAAAUGCCCAAAGUUAAUCAUAUCGUAAUGUUUGUUAACAAACUCCUUGUACAUUGCCAACCAUUACUUUAGUUACCCGAAUGUAUCCAUCUGGGAAGCUUUAUUUAAAAUGGAAUAUAAUUUAUUUUGUAUGAAAGAUGUAUUAAAGUUGUACGUUUAAACAUU